AUGCCCUCCGACGCCGCCGUUCCCCGCGACAAUGACUCUGCCCCGCAGUCUCGUUCCUCCUCGCCCGUCGGCUCCGACAGCCUGACCCUCCGCGCCCUCGUUAGCACUAAGGACGCAGGUGUCAUAAUCGGGAAGGCAGGAAAAAAUGUCGCCGAGCUCCGUGACCAGACGGGCGUUAAGGCCGGCGUCAGUAAGGUCAUUCCCGGCGUUCAUGAACGGGUCUUGACCGUGACUGGCACUGUGGAGGGUGUCGCGAAGGCGUACUCUCUCAUUGUAUCCCAACUCGUCUCCGCUAGUCCCUCCUCCCCGACCAUGUCUCCCACUUCUUCACCGACCACCGCCAUCCGCCUCCUCAUUUCUCACAACCUCAUGGGGAGCGUGAUUGGUCGUAACGGUUUGAAGAUCAAAGCCAUCCAGGACUCGUCCGGAGCACGGAUGGUCGCCUCCAAAGAUAUGCUCCCGCAGUCCACGGAGCGUAUCGUGGAGGUGCAAGGCUCUUCCGAGUCGAUAGGCCGCGCCAUUGAGGAGAUCGGUCGCUGUCUCUUGGAAGACUGGGAACGCGGUGUCGGCACCGUUCUCUUCCACCCUGGCGCCGGAGAAGAGCGGUCGGGCCGUCGCACACACCCCACAAACCGGAGGAGUAACGGUGAUGUCCGCCGAACAUCUCCUUCACCAAGUUCCCCCUCCUCUUCCCCGCCCACCAACCUCCGCACGCAGAACAUCUCCAUCCCCUCGGACAUGGUCGGCUGCAUCAUCGGCCGGAACGGCACGAAAAUCACCGAGAUUCGACGGCUGUCGGGCUCCAAGAUCUCCAUCGCGAAGGAACCCCAUGACGAGACCGGCGAGCGCAUGUUCACCAUCGUCGGUACUCCUGAGGCGAACGAGAAGGCCCUCUUUUUGUUGUACAACCAGCUCGAGAGCGAGAAGGAGCGCCGCGUAGGUCGGGACCAGCAACAGCAGGAGGAGCUGCAGGACUAA